AUGCCAGAGGAAUUCCAAGAAGGAACCCAAGAGAGUCUCCCUCAAUCAACAGGCCCAACAGGAAAUCCCCACAACUUACCUGAUAUUCCCCGCACAAAAACGAGCCAAGGACUGAGCCACCCAGAGGGCCAAAAAGACCUCAGAACGCCAGAGCUGCAUUCUACAACAGGACGGAGCAGAAUAUUAGCUACCGCGUAUGAGUUAAACACCAGUAGGAAUCAAAAGACGUGUAAAGAUGAAGGACGAAUAGAAGCAGUCUCAAAGCGAAAAUCGAGAGGGCCCGACAAGACAGCGCUCUAG